AUGGAUAAAAACAAAUAUGAAUUUCUUAAUUCUCUUCUUGAUAAGGAGAUUGAGAUAGCAAAAAAUAGAUCGCUAUCAUUUACUGAUUCAAGGAACUCAUUUUUAACUAAUGUGCACAAAUCUAAUUUAAGUACAAGUUAAAACAAUCAAGAUUAAUCUUAAUAAAAGUUAGACAAUCUCUAAAAUUUUAACAUUCAAAAUGAAACUCUUGAAAAUAGCACAGCUAACAAUUCUUAUAUGCUGAAUAAUGUUAGUAAUAAUAAAAGCUUGACAGAAGUUAGCUAUGAAGAUAAUAAAAAAUAUGAAAAGUAGAAGAAAUCUGAUUUUCUUAAUUAACUUCCUAUGCAGCAAAAUUAUCCUCAACAAAAGUUUGAUUAGAAAGCCCAUAUUUUUUAAAACAACCUUUUCGAGAAUAAUAUAAAUUAAGAUAAUUAAGCUAAGGCCCAGAUGACAAAUUAAGAAUUAAGCUCUUCAAAUAACAGAAACAGUUUCAGAUAAAAUAAUGGAAACUCAGGAAACGAUAGUUCAUUUAUAAGCAACAGUAAAUAUUAUGUUAGACAAACCCCUGAUAGCUAUAAAUAGAAGUAAUAUGCAGGUGAAAGUUCAUAAAAAAAUUAAUUAGAAAAUAGUAUAACAAAUUACUCUAGAAAUGAUAGAGGAGCACUAUAGAAUAGUAUAAAUUAAAGUAGUGGAUUCAGCCCAUUUCAAAACAAUAAAUACAAUAACAGAAACGCUGAGCAUUCUCCAGAUGCUGUUUUACUAAAUCAAUAGUAAAUUAAUGAAAUUCCAAAAGUAAGUAAUCCUAUCGCAGCAUAAGCAUAUUAUUAACUAGAUAACAUGAAGAAAUAAAUUAGUGGCAGCUCCUUUUCUCCGAAUAAAGGAAAAUCUUUAUCUUCAAAUAACAACUCAUCUUUAUCUAACAUAAAUCAUUCUUAAAGAUAACAAAAAUUAUCAUAUCAGAACUAUUAGGAUUAAAGCUAGUACAAGUAAAAUUAGUCAUUUGAUACUAAUUUUGGAUAAUCUCAUUAAUUAUCAUAUUCAAUAAAUCAAUAAUAUGACUCAACUACUUUGUCAUCUGAAGAAAAAAGAAAAUAAUUCUAAAAGGAAUUUGAAAGUAUCUAAAAUAAAAUACAAGCUCUAGAAGAUAAAUUAAAAAUUACAGAAAAAAAAAAUCAAUAACUUGGAGGUUUUUCUUAAGAAAAUAAUUCAAUAGUUUCUUUAUAAAAUGGAGUAAGUCCAUUUUAGGAAAGUAAUGAAUAUCCAGUUGCUUAAAAUAAAGGCAAAGCUGACAUUUCAAUAUUCACUAAUCCUACAAUUAAACAAACUUAAAUGAAUAACUCAAUUUACCAUAAUUAAAUAUCUCCAAGGUUUAAUAUUCAGGAUUCAAUAUUUUUUUAGCAAUAAGAUAAGCAGUCAAAAGAUAUUUCUCCAAAACAUAACAACCAAAUUCAAAGUAAACAAAGUCAAUAACAAAAAUCAAGUUCUGGUAAAAAGAAAAAGUCAAAAACUUCUACUAAAAGAAGUGAAACUAAUAGUGAUAAUGAUGACUCAGGUCUUAAACCAAAAAAUUUAAAUGAAACUACAGAGAGUAGUAAAAAGUAUAUAAAAUAGCUUAAAGUUCAAAUUUUGAAUGAUUCUAAAGAUUUUAAAGAAGAAACAACUCAAAAAUCUAAACAAAUUAGGUUCAAAACUCCAAACAGAAAAAAUAAUUCAUCUUUACCUCCUUUUUCAUACAAUAUAUAACCUUCAUCUACUUAAAAUACAAAUAAAUAAUAAACUUCGCCUUUCUAAAACAAUGAAGAAAAAAAUAUGUAUUCAGAAGAGAUAAAAGCCUUGUAAAAAGAAUAUUAAAUGUGGGAAUAAAGAAGAGACAAAUAAAGACAAUAGCUAUAACACAUGUAGGAAAACAACAAUAGAAAUAAUAGUAAGCUUUAAAAACUAAAAAAGCAAGCUAAUAAAUUAAUAAAACUUAAAAAAGAAUAAGACUUGCAUAUGAGUGAAUAUGAUUAGUGCUAUCAUAACUUUGAAAAAUGUGAGCUCAUACGUUAAAAACAAAAAAUUUUGAUUUCAUGUCUUAAAGAUGAGCUUAAACUUCUUCAAAAAAAAAAUAAUACUUAGAAUUUUAAUUGA